GGCGUUCGCGCGGUCACUGUCACGUCUCGGCCCGUCCUCGACAUCGACCCGACCGCCCUCAUCGCCGCUCCAGUCGACCCGGCGUUCGACCCGGCCAUGUCUCACUGCGUGAGAAGCCAUACGCGGCGCUCUUCGGGCUCGCCGCAUCGAGGACGGGCUCUCAGCUCUCAUGAAGGGCGGCGGGCCGUGUCCGGAGAAGGCCCGCGUCGCCAUCUCCGGCAUGCCGGCAGCCCACUUCACCGUCGCCUCCUCGGUCGCUGCCGCUUCCCUCGCAGUACGAGGUCGGCGUACCGUCUGCGCAUACCUGCUCGAAGGCCUACAACCGCACCGCGGCGGCUUGUCGCAGGCGACCACCGAGUGCUACACGGACAUCGCGGACGAGAGUGCGGGCGUUCGCGCGGUCACUGUCACGUCUCGGCCCGUCCUCGACAUCGACCCGACCGCCGUCAUCGCCGCUCCAGUCGACGCGGCGUUCGACCCGGCCAUGUGUGCGCGAGAAGCCCUACGCGGCGCUCUUCGGGCUCGUCCCCGCAUCGAGGACGGGCUCUCAGCUCUCAUGAAGGGCGGCGGGCCGUGUCCGGAGAAGGCCCGCGUCGCCAUCUCCGGCAUGCCGGCAGCCCACUUCACCAUCGCCUCCUCGGUCGCUGCCGCUUCCCUCGCAGUACGAGGUCGGCGUACCGUCUGCGCGUACCUGCUCGAAGGCCUACAACCGCACCGCGGCGGCUUGUCGCAGGCGACCACCGAGUGCUACACGGACAUCGCGGACGAGAGUGCGGGCGUUCGCGCGGUCACUGUCACGUCUCGGCCCGUCCUCGACAUCGACCCGACCGCCGUCAUCGCCGCUCCAAAAAAAAAUUGCUAACGCGAAAAACCGGCACACCAAUCUCCCUUCCUCUCCCUAUCCUUUCUUGGAGCUCUAGAGUCCACACCCCCCUGCCCCGGGAUCGCGUACAAGCUGAGGCUACCGUAGGCCACACUAGCGUCGCUGGGGGUUCCCUGCCCUAGAUGGGAAGCUGGCCGCUGAUCCGAAGACCGACUGCACCAGGGCGCCUAGAUAUACUCAAGGUGAGCGAGGGUGAAGUUACGCCUUAAAUGCCUGUCUCUCU